AUGGACGACCCCCGCGGGUCUCGAGUUUCGCUCUCUGCAGGCCCCCCCGUUUCGCGCUCCGAAGGCCUGCUCGUCGCGCCCGUUGCGCCCUCCCCGUCGCGCCCGUCCGCCCUGUCCGUCCGUCACGCCCUGCGCGCCCUUCCCGUCCGUCGCGCCCCCGCUGCGUGCCGUCCCGUCCCUUCACGCGUCGCCUGCCUCGCCCCGUUCCGUCACGACCGCAGCAGCAGCAGUGCGCAGCUGCGUACAACCGUGCGCACCCGCGCACGGUC